UUGUAGCUCGAUCUCCAAUUUCCUCAUACAUAUAAUAGUAGAUAGAUAUAUAGUGCACUAUAUGCAUGGCUUCCAAAUUUCAACUAGUGUUUCUUUUCUUGCUUCUCUGUAUGAUGUGGGCUUCGCCAUCGGCAGCUUCUCGUGGCAAACCCAGUGAUCCCAUGAUGAAGACGUUUGAAGCAUGGAUGGCUCAGUACGGCCGAGUUUACAGCGACGACGAUGAGAAGAUGCGCCGGUUUCAGAUAUUCAAGAACAACGUGAACUAUAUCGAAACCUUUAACAAUGGCAGUGGAAAUUCGUACACUCUUGGUACCAAUCAGUUUACCGAUCUAACAAAUAACGAAUUUAUUGCUCAACAUACUGGUGCUCUCCCACUAAAUAUCAAGAGAGAGCCAGUGGUGUCGUUUGAUGAUGUAAACAUUUCCGCGGUGCCUCAAAGUAUUGAUUGGAGAUACUACGGCGCCGUAACACCCAUCAAGGACCAAGGCAGCUGUGGUUCUUGCUGGGCAUUCAGUGCAAUUGCGACGGUGGAAGGAAUCUACAAGAUCAAAACGGGGUUCUUACUAUCUCUAUCGGAGCAAAAAGUUCUCGAUUGUGCUGUUAGCAACGGGUGCAACGGCGGCCAGGUGAACAAGGCCUACGAUUUCAUCAUAUCUAACAACGGUGUGACCUCCACAGUUUUCUAUCCUUAUAAAGGAAACCAAGGCACUUGUGCCGCCAAUCGCGUGCCCAAUUCAGCUUACAUCACUGGUUACUCAUAUGUGCCAAGGAACGACGAACGCAGCAUGAUGUACGCUGCAUCGAAUCAACCAAUAGCUGCUCUUAUCGAUGCCAGCGGAAACAACUUUCGAUCUUACCAAGGCGGUGUGUUUAGCGGACCUUGUGGAACUAGCCUCGAUCAUGUCAUCACCAUCAUAGGCUACGGGCAGGAUAUCAGCGGAACAAAAUAUUGGAUAGUAAAGAACUCAUGGGGUAUGUCAUGGGGUGAGGGUGGGUACAUCCGUAUGGCGAGAGAUGUGUCAUCGUCAGCCGGGUUAUGUGGAAUCGCCAUGGCUCCUCUCUUUCCCACUCUACGAUCAGCGGCCAACGCCGAAGUUAUUAAGAUUGUUUCUAAAACUUGAAGCUCUGUAUAAGUCGAUUGGAAGCGAUGAUUUAGCAAUGCACUGCAGUUUGCUAGCUUAUUUGCUUAAUUUAUAUAAAUAAGGAUGUAUAUGUGCAUCCAAUUGUUCUGUUUGCUUUGACAUUAAUUGUGGUUUCUGUUAUGUUUCGGUGUGUCCAGUGAGUAUGUUAGUUUGAAUAUCUACAUUUGAGUAGUACUACUUAAUUAUUGUGAA